CUAAUAAUUUCCCAAAUGUCUUGACUAAUAUUGUGUGAACAAUAUUUACUAAUCACUAUCAUCCUACACCAUUUGUAGCCCUUGCCUUCUGUAUAUAUUCGACUCGAACUCUCCUCAGUUUCCAGGAAGAGAGUGACAAAUGAGUUCUUACUCGUACGUGAAAUGUGUGUGGGCUUUCUAUCUCUUUUCAUCAUGGGUCACCACUCUUUGGUUUGCACAGGGUGCAGAUCCUUAUUUGCCGGUCAAAGCCGUGAAUCUAGGAAAUUGGCUUGUUACAGAGGGAUGGAUGAAACCUGAACUCUUUGCUGGAAUACCCAAUCAAGAUCUUUUGGAUGGAACUCAAGUGCAGUUCAUGUCUACGAAGCUGCAGAAGUAUCUCGCCGCUGAAAAUGGGGGUGGGACAGAUGUUGUUGCCAACCGCACCUCGCCCUCUGGAUGGGAGACUUUCAGGUUGUGGAGGAUCAAUGAGUCAACUUUCAAUCUCAGAGUGUUUAACAAACAGUUCUUUGGACUAGAAAAUCAAGGCAAAGGAAACAAAGUGGUAGCGGUUUUAAAUUCCCCUGGGAACUCAGAAACAUUUCAGAUAGUAAGGAAGAACGACGAUCGAAAUCGAGUUCGCAUAAAAGCAUCAAAUGGCCUCUUCCUCCAGGCAAAACCGGGGCUGGUGACUGCAGACUAUGGAGGCUCAGGUUGGGAUGACAAUAAUCCAUCCGUCUUCCAAAUGAAGAUAGUCCGGACCUUACAAGGAGAAUACCAAAUCACUAAUGGCUAUGGUCCAGACAGAGCCCCUCAAGUCAUGCAGGAUCACUGGAAUGCAUACAUCACUAAUGAGGAUUUCAGAUUCUUGUCAUCAAAUGGUCUGAAUGCGGUUAGGAUUCCAGUUGGGUGGUGGAUAGCGAGCGACCCAACACCACCAAAGCCUUUUGUGGGGGGCUCCUUAAAGGCCUUGGACAAUGCUUUCACAUGGGCACAGAACAAUGGCAUGAAGAUUAUAGUUGAUCUGCAUGCAGUUCAAGGUUCACAAAAUGGCAACGAUCAUAGUGGGAGCAGAGAUGGGUUUCAGGAAUGGGGGGACUCCAACAUUCAAGAUACUGUUGCAGUCAUAGACUUCCUAGCAGCAAGAUACGCCAACAACCCGAGUCUAGCAGCCAUUGAGUUGAUGAAUGAGCCUCUGGCUCCAGGAGUUACACUCAAUGAUCUUAAGAAGUAUUACAAAGCUGGUUACGAUGCCGUGAGGAAGUACACAUCAAAUGCUUAUGUGAUCCUAUCGAACCGACUGGGGCCUGCUGACUCCAAGGAGCUCCUGGACUUCGCCAGGGGCCUUAAUCGUGUAGUGAUCGAUGUGCAUUACUACAGCCUCUUCUCAGAUAUGUUUAACAACAUGAACGUACAACAGAAUAUUGAUUUCAUCUAUAACCAGAGAGCUUCAGACCUCAGUGCUGUUACCACUUCCAAUGGUCCUCUCAGUUUUGUAGGGGAAUGGACCGCAGAAUGGGCAAAAAGUGGAGCAUCAAAGGAAGACUACCAGAGAUUUGCAAAAGCUCAAAUAGAUGUGUACGGGCGUGCCACUUUUGGAUGGGCUUAUUGGGCUUACAGAUGUGCUCAGAACCACUGGAGCCUCAAGUGGAUGAUUGAGAACGGCUAUAUAAACCUCUUAAGUUCCUAAUAUGAAUAUUAGCUAGCUACUAUCCUUGCAUCUCCUUCCACUCCAACUAAUGGUUUCUCAGGGGAAAUGUAUUUCAGCUAGUUAUAACUUAUAAUAAGUGAAGAAGAUGCUAAUCUUUAAAGAUAUAAUAAGUUCGUUUUAUACUUCCGUUCUUUUA